UAUUGCAUUUUGCCAAUCGUCAAGCCAUCGGCCCUAUACGAAAUCAGUUCAGGAGGGCCAAAUACUUUUCAUUUCAAGCAUUUUUUACGCCAAAUGAAAAUGGCAGAUGACGUCUUAUUUGAAUUUCUACAUAUGGAAAUCGUCUCCUACGUGGAGCAGUCGGCAAGGAAAGACGAAAAAGAUCGUCUGGUAGCCAAGCUGGAGCAGAUGGGCUACAGAGUUGGCCAGAGUGUGGCUGAACGCUUCACCAAGGACACCCCUAGAUUCUCCAGUGAAUUGGACAUUAUCAAAUUCAUCUGCAAAGACUUCUGGUCCAGUGUCUACAAGAAACAGAUUGACAAUCUAAGGACAAAUCACCAGGGUGUCUAUGUUCUUCAAGACAACAAAUUUAGAUUUCUUGUCCAACUGUCAGCCAGCAAGCAGUAUUUGGAAGUGGCACCAAAGUAUCUAGCAUUCACAUGUGGCCUUGUCCGUGGAGCUCUUGCCAGUUUGGGGAUGAAGUGCAUCGUGACCGCCGAAGUUAGUAAUAUGCCAGCAUGUAAAUUUCAAAUCAUGAUCCAGAGAUCGUAGCUGUUCCAAAAGAGCAACAGCUCGCUGGCCUGGCUGUCAUGACUGUGAAAGAGUGCAGGCACACAGUGUGCACUUCAUAUGGUCUCAGGAGUAGUCCACACUGCGUCAGGUACUGUUCCUGAAUGGAGUAAGGUGGCCUUCCAUCAUUUGGAGCCCAAGCUAUUAGACGGCUGGAAAAAUUACAAGCAACUCCCAAAAUUAACUACACAGCAUCAAAGUGUGUUGUUGGUGUUGUGUUUCCAAGACUUGCCACUUUGAUGCACUCCUGAGGAGACUGAGGCUGUGUCCAAAAUGGGCUUCCAGAGCUACGGCUAGGUCUAUUGUCUGCGCGUCUCCAUUUAAUUCCAAUGGAGCGAAGACCUAGACCUAGCUCUAGACAAGAGAUUCGGAUGCAGCCUGAUUUGCAGCAGAUGAAAUCUUUCAUUGGAAGCUCAUAUAGGUACCCCGGCUUUACCUCUUUGGGGGAGGGGAUUUUUCUCCCACUUUGUGAACACUGUCAUACAGAGUCAAAAUUGAAAACUUUCAGUGCUAAAAAGUGUCGUGUAUUUGUCACUUUAAUGUGGAAGCAGGGCCCCUGAGUUUGAACCCCAAAUCCCAUCCCGAUCUAGCUUUACUUUUUUUUAUAAUGCACUGUUGUGCUUUACUUUGCUCAAUGAGCAAACAAAUGACCAGCAUAAACAAGGCUUGUCAGAUACGUUUAGGUUUAGGGAUAUAUGUUUAACCACACGGGUUGCUUGUAGGUAUUUGCAGGCAGUUCAAGAAGAGCUAGGACUUGGAGUAACAAACUAAUUUGCUUACGUGGGCAGGUUACAGUUUAUUGGUUUCAUUGUUAGAUGCCAUUGAACAGUUUCCUAAGCAAAGUAUGCAACAUGUAAAACUAACUGUGCAGUUCUUAAGUAUGCAUAUACAUGUACGUGUCUCUUGUUUCAGCCAGCAUGGAGAUAUGUACUGUUUUCUCAAUACUGUAGUUUGCAAGAAGCACCAUUGCUCAGUGAGCAUUGUUUUUGCUGUUCUAUCUUGCCUGGGGAAGUAAAUAAUUGCCCCCGCAGACUGUGCUCUUAAACAGCACUUAUGGAAUUGGACACAGCCAAGAGAAUUGAAUCUUUGAUGUACACGGUUGCUGGUAAUGUCAGCAGUGAUCAUGCGAGAAAAAUCUACUUUGAUGUCCAUAUCUACUUUUUAAGACAUUGGGUCUUCAAAGAGAGUAACACAUAAUAAGCCAUAUGAGCAUUUAUGUACAAUGUACACACGAGCGAUAAAUUAAGAAUACAUGUAGCACAGUACAUAGCCGUUGUACAUAAAUUCAUUGUAAAUAUGUAUAAAAUAUAAAUUCAUUGUCAUUGUUGAUUUAUAAAGAAACUUUCGCUGGCUCUUAACUCUUAACUUUUGCGUAACAUAAUUUGCAACCCAACCAAAGCAUACAAAGGCUUCUGGCAGUCAGUUCUGAUCCAUGUUUUGAACAGGCGUUGAGAAAUUGUUUGGACUUCUUGGAACCAGACCAAGAUGGCGUCACAAGCUGCAACAUUCCGUUUAUUAGUGUAGCCAUGUGAAAUCAUGUACUGGUGACAUUAUUUAUUGAAAUGCAAAAUUGUGAAUGAAUAACCGUUCUUUGAAGUGUUGUCCUUUUUAUGUCAUGAAGCAGUUGAGAUUUAAGAAAGGUGAAUACUGAAUUGCCAGUACAUUGAGAAGGGAGUGAAAAUAUCUGAAAGUUAGGGUGUCAGCAAUUUGGAACUCCCCAAAAGGAAAAAAAAUCCCAUACCGGAAAAGAGCUGACAGUUCAUUAUUAGAUAUCUCCCACAGAUUGGCAUUCCAUUAAUUUUCCAUCCAAAGAAUUACUUUUCGCUUUAUUAAACGCUUAAAGAAUAUUGUGGACUCUCGAUAUAAGAACACCGUGUUUACAAAAUACUGUUGGAAAGAGCAUUUUCUGAGAACCCAAAUUUUUGGAAUGUUGGUGUUUUCUUUCUGUGUCCUUUCCUUUUGUAACAUUGUAAUGGUUAUAAUAGUUUGUCUGGUCCCGAUAACCUCGUUAUAAAGAGAGUUGACUGUAUUAAGAAA